AAAACGACAAAAAAGCAAAAACAAAAAACCAUAUAUAAGUUGCUUGCAGUAUAACUCCAGUAAUUUAUUCAUGACGUAAUAGUCAUUGAAGCAUUAUGACGUCAUAGUAAUUGUUAUAAUUGCAUUUUGGGAUCGCGCAACUCUAGCCUAGCUACGAACCACGAUUAACGCAUGCAAUUGCUAACUGCUAAAAAAACAGAUAAAGAUGGGUUGUAAAUUUACCAAAGUAAGGGAUCAGCGUUCCCGGGAUGAUGGCGGGAAAAUGUCGGAAGUGAUUAGCCAAAGUUCUAGUUUUACGGACUCCAAGAAAGAUCUCGAGAGCCAUACUGCACCAGUCACGAGAGAAAUUAUAGAGAAAUGUCAACAAGCUAUAUUGAAAGCGAAUACAGACGAGGAUGAAGUGUUAAGUCUACAUAUGUAUCCUCCCUCUUACACAGAUGGAUAUUCAGAUACAAUAAGUAUGGCAGCCGAAAGUGAAAUGGAUAUCACAUUUUGCCAGGAUGAGGAAAUCGCGGACUACAGACAAGUCACACCAAUCAGUGAUGUAUCAUCGCUGUCAGUUCAAAGUCGAUAUCCUUCCAGCAUUUCAUCAAGACUGUCAAACUUCUUCCGAAUAGGAAAACGGAGCAAGCAAAAUAUUCAUGGCGAUGUAUCAGUGAAUGGGGACAACGGAGGAGAUGGAAAUACAGAUGCCGUAUCGUCAAGUGGGUGUGAGUGGUCGCCUACACCAACUCUCAAAUACGCCAAGAAAGUUAUGAAUGGUGACAUCGCAGAAAGGGAUGACAUGCCAGAUCUCGAUAUAGAAGACGAUGGUAGGCCAUCCUCCUCUUCCAGCAGCGAAGAUUCCGUUUUGCCUCCACAGCUCAACUGUCGUGUUGUAGCAAGACCUAAUGCCGCAAGAGGUACUAGAAAACGUGUCCAAGCAGACCCAGAUCCAGCAGAGAUUGCUCAUCGCAUCGUCGAGUUCGAAGCGGAAGUUGAACAACUGAUUGGAGAACAUGCUAUACCAACCAGAGAUUACCGAAACAGACAACUUCGACCAAGGGGUGCACGUGGGCCACGCCUGCCGUCAUUUAGCCUCCAGUUCCAAAAUCCGAGACCAGGCUCCGGAGCUUCGACAGAAAGUGGAAUGAGGUAUAGCAAACAUUUUGCCGAUACUGUGAGUCGCCCCCAGCUUACUGUGAGAGGAUUAACGGCAACAAACGACUGUCUCACGAAGUGGAUGGUCAGUCAGCAGAGAAAGGAUUCCGAACGGUUAUAGAGUGAAGGUGGACCAGGGGCAUAUUGUAGAGAAGACUAGUGACGUCACCACGGGAAGAGGAUGGGGGUUUAAUAAGGCGGAAUAGAUCAGUUUUCUGCAAAGAGAUGUUAAAACGCUGACAUUGGAUAUGAUGGUCGAGUCACGGUGGACACCGACCAGUAGAGGAAGUCGCCAUUUCAUACGGAAAGUAAAUUAACGUAGGUCGAUGUUGAUUGGGUCUGAAUCUAACAUAGACUGAUGCAAAGCCAGGAUAUUCUCCAGCAGGAACAUGGUCCGAACCUGACAUUGCCUGCUAAAUAGUAAGGAUAUUCUCCAGAAACACGGUCUGGAUCUGACAAAGACUGCCACAAAGGAUAUUCUCCAGAAACAUACUGAU